AUGUCGCCUACUCCCGGCACGAGCCAGACGGCACACAAUGACGCGCCGCACGCGUACGUGGACCAGCAGUCCACGUACGAGACCGGCACUGCGGGUGGCGAUGGCGCCGUGGCACAAAACAGCGACGCGGCCAGCCAGGUCGGCCAGUCGGGCAUCGAGAAGGAUGUCGGCACAAUCCUUGCAGGGCUGAACCAGGAACAGCUCGCUAGCAUUGUUGCAGCAGCGCGCGCGUCGGACAACGGCGAGCAACAGUACGAUGGCGCGGACCAAUACGACUCUGCCAACGCACUGGCCCACCUUCCUCCAGGCCUCGGACAAGCCGCCUCGACGCUGACUUCGUUUGCGUCCAGUUUCAAGCGCACCAGUGGGCCCGUCAUUGAGGACGAAGAGGAACUGGCCGUGACAGACGCUGGCACGCUCGGCGACGCGCCGCCGCCGCCAGGCAUGGAACACGACUUGCACCAGCGUCCGACGCAUGUGCAUGCCCAGCACGAGCACAAAGGCACGCAUGCCGCACACGACUCUGCAGCGACCGCCGCUGCUCUCGCCGCGAUGGGCACGCUUGCCGGCCGCCAGCUGCAGCAGCACGGCCACGGACUCGACGCCGCGCGCGAUGGACUCGGUGCGGAGCUGGACUCCAAGUUUGUUAGCGACCACAGCCUGGGAGGUGCGCGAUACAAGCGAAAAGGCCCAGAGCUUGACAGGCAGCGCAAAGACAACCACAAGGAGGUCGAGCGCCGCCGCCGCUCAGCGAUUAACGACGGCAUUGUGCAGCUCUCGCAGAUUGUGCCUGGGUGCGAUGUGAAGAACACAAACAAGGGCUCGAUCAUCAUUGCCGCCGUGCGCUACAUCCAGGACCUGAAGAACAACGAGGCGAGCAAUAUUGAAAAAUGGACGCUCGAGAAGCUGCUGAUGGACCAGGCGAUGAACGAUUUGAGUCUCUCGCUCGAGGAAAGCCGUAGGGAGGUGGAGCGCUUGCGUGCACAGCUCGGUAUGGCCGAGGCGAGUGCGAGUCGCGCGGGCGAGAAGCACGGUGCGGCGCACUACGACCAGCGUUUCCAUGCGCAGUACCACAAUGAUAAUGGCACGCACGGCGAGCAGGAUAUGACGGUUGGGCUCGAGCAUGGCCACCACGACGGCGGAAUGGAUCCGUUUGCGCAAAAGGAGCGCGCCGGAGUCUAA